UUGAUAAAGUAAAGAUGUGGAUGUGUUGCGCUGUGCCGUCACCCUCACAACAACACCGCCAUCUUCCUUCUCGUGUGUGUGGUACAACACGUUGGUCGCGGUAAGAAGCCAAGAUGUCUGCAGACUUGUGUUGGCAAAUUAUACGUGAUAAUCAUGCACACCUCCUCAAGAAGAGGAAUGUUAAGAAACCAUUUUCCACUGAAGCUAACAACUUGAAGAAUGUAAACAGUCCUCGUUAUAAUGGCAUCUGUAAGAAGAAGGUUAUUGGCAUUGAACCUGCUGCUGGUGGCAAGGGCAUCAUAUUGUCCCACAAGACUUCAAAAUACCAGAACAAACCAGGAAAGAAUCUUGUGAAGACUACCAUCAAAGCAGGGCCUCGUCGGGCUUUGAACUCUAUUCGUAGAUUCAUCAAAUUCAACCACUACAGAAAGGAUCUGAAAAAGGCUGCCCUUCGACGUGCCUCAGCUAUCCUUCGCUCUCAGCGUGCUCAGCCCUUUAAGAAAGCUCGUCGUAGGACUCACAAGGUUGCCAAGAAGACCACAGAGUAAACUUUGCAAAUAAAGAAAGAACAUUUA